ACAACUCGCCUGUGUGGCUUCAGUUGUUCAGUUCCAACGUAUAAAAAUCCAAAUUUCGAAAACUAAAUUUUUUUCUUCUCGAUUUCUCGGGUUUCCGAUUCGGAUUCAAAAUCCGAAAGUCUAUGAGUUGAGUGACCCGAUCCGGGAAUUCGGACAUGGAGCGGGUCAUCGGCGGCAAGUACAAGCUCGGCCGCAAGAUCGGCAGCGGAUCGUUCGGCGAAAUCUUCCUAGCUACUCACACCGAGACGUUCGAGAUCGUCGCCGUUAAGAUUGAGAACAGCCAAACGAAGCAUCCACAGCUGCUUUACGAGGCGAAAUUAUAUAAAAUCCUUCAAGGAGGAAGCGGUAUUCCGAACAUAAAAUGGUCGGGAAUCAACGGCGAGGACAAUGUGCUGGUUCUCGAUUUGCUGGGACCGAGUCUUGAGGAUUUGUUUGUGUAUUGUGGGAGAAAGUUUUCGCUCAAGACCGUCUUAAUGCUUGCUGAUCAAAUGUUUGCAUUCUUCAUGUCACUGAAUGAUACAAUGUUUAUGUGCGCUCGUAUCAAGAUUACGAGGAUAGAGUUUGUGCACUCGAAAGGUUUUCUGCACAGAGAUAUAAAACCUGAUAAUUUCCUCAUGGGUCUUGGUCGAAAAGCAAAUCAGGUUUACAUAAUUGAUUUUGGUCUUGCGAAAAGAUAUCGAGAAGCGACAACCAAUCGUCACAUCCCAUACAGGGAGAAUAAGAACUUAACAGGAACCGCACGUUAUGCAAGCUGCAAUACUCAUCUUGGAAUUGAGCAGAGUCGGCGGGAUGAUUUGGAGUCUCUUGGAUAUGUUCUUCUGUAUUUUCUCAGAGGGAGCCUUCCGUGGCAGGGUUUAAAAGCUGCCACAAAAAAGCAAAAAUAUGAUAAAAUUUGUGAGAAGAAGUUAUCAACCCCUAUUGAGGUUCUAUGCAAAUCUCACCCGGUGGAGUUCGCGUCAUAUUUCCAUUACUGCCAUUCACUGACAUUUGAUCAGCGACCUGAUUAUGGUUUCUUGAAACGCCUAUUCCGUGAUUUGUUUUCUCGUGAAGGGUAUGAAUUUGAUUACGUAUUUGAUUGGACCAUCAUUAAGUACCAGCAAACACAAAAGAAUGAUUCUCCGGUUCCUGGAGGAAGCAACAGUCAUGCAAUGCCAGUGCGUGUAGAUAAUCAUCAAGUGGCAGGAGGUGCUAGUGCUCCAUAUCCAGCUGAGGUCACAGAUCGAAUUAGAUCAAGCAAUCCCACUGGUUCUGGUGUCCGCAUGCAAUUUAAAUCUCCAACAACGGGCAGGAAUUUAAGUUAUGACAACCCUCUUGAAAAGAAUAUUGCGAAUGAAGCAAACCCUCCUCCGUCUACUUCAUUUUCCGGCACCUCAAGAAGGAACCACACAAAACGUCUUUUGCCCGCUGAAGCUACAAACACUGGUCAUGGACAUGGCAAUAAAGUAGGUCCUUCGAGUAGCUGGAUUCAAUCACUGCAGCGCAUCUCUUCAGCCAAAUGACCUUUAUGCAACAGGUUUGCUCUAUAACAUUCGAGCACAUCUUUGAAGCUGCAGAUGGACGGUGAUUUAAUUGUCAAAUAUGCAAUGUGUCUAUUCAGGAAGAUAUUACGGACGCAUCUUCGUAGACAUUGAGUUAGUUCCUUGGUUUGUGCUAGUUUUUUCCAUAAGGCGACUAAAAAUGCGUUGGUUACAAGAUACAGAAAACCCAAAGCUUGGAUUCUGUGCUGUACAUAGUUCUCAUAAGUGACACAGCCGUGUCUUGUAUUUAAGUUUUUAUCGUAACACAAAUGAUGUGUGAUGCUAUUUUUUUUCAUUGUUGUUAUAUAAUACGUAGUCUCCAUGCCAUUUGAUGUUUAUUUACAGUGUUUCUUUAUUUUAAGAUUCCUAAAAUUCGUCUGCAAUAAAUUUGCUUUUCGAAUGAAG